CUUUGUCAUUAGGCUUGCUUUAUCGCGACGGUGGAUUGGCCGAGUGUGCGCGCAUUUCAUUGCAGCUCGUCAGCGCAUCCUUCCCAGUCGCCGCCGGAUGGGAGGAGGAGAGGAGGAUAGAUGUCUUGGAGUAGGCAGAGGAGAAAGAGAGAGGGAGGCGAGAGGUGGAGGAGCGGGCAGAUGAAGGUGUAGCCCGAUCCGGUGAGACUGUCAAACGAGGGCUGUCAUUGUAGAUGCGCCUUCGCCGGGAUUUGACGUUUAUUGCGCGGAGAGCGAGUAGGAGCCGUCCACUGUUUGUGACGCGCACGGCGGCUGCGCCUAUACGCCUAUACGCCGCCGAUAAAAGGAUGGUAGUCUUGGUUAUAUAGCGUUAACUAACAACAAAGUGUCCCCGCAGCACACAGUGACGGAGGGAGACGAGGCAAACUAUGAUCCGAGGAUGAUUUCCGCCAAGAAAACUCCGGAGAAGAGUCGUUACCCUGUCCACUAUUUGGUGUGGCACAACAAGCACCGACAGCUGGAGAAGGAGCUGGCAGCGAACGAGCAGACUGACCUGGAGUCUCUGGACCCUCGCGGUCGGACCCCUCUCCACCUGGCUGUCACUCUGGGCCACCUGGACUGUGCCCGGGUUCUGCUGCAGCACGGAGCCGAUGUGAGCAAGGAGAACCGCAACGGGUGGACCGUUCUCCAGGAGGCGGUGAGCACCCGGGAUCCGGAGCUGGUGCGCCUCGUGCUUCGUUACCGUGACUACCAGAGGACUGCCAGGAGACUGGCGGGCAUCCCCGUCCUGCUGGAGCGGCUGCGCCAAGCUCAGGACUUCUAUGUGGAGAUGAAGUGGGAGUUUACCAGCUGGGUGCCCCUGGUGUCGCGUAUCUGCCCCAGCGACACCUACAGAGUCUGGAAGAGUGGCCAGUGCCUGCGCGUUGACACCACCCUGAUGGGCUUCGAGCAGAUGACCUGGCAGCGGGGCAACCGCAGCUUCAUAUUCAGGGGACAAGACUCCAGCGCGGAGGUGAUGGAGGUCGACCACGACCGGCAGCUGGUAUUCUGCGAGACCCUGUGCGUGUCGUCCCUGGCGGCGCUGUCGCCGGGCCGGGCCAAGGGCGGCGCCUGCGGCAGCGGCGCUGUCGCCGGGCUGGGCCUUCUGGGGGCGACGCAGCCCAGCGACGAGCAGGUGGCAGCCAGGCUGUCGGCGCCGGUGGUGACCACGCAGCUGGACACGCGCAACAUCGCCUUCGAGAGGAACAAGACGGGCAUCCUGGGCUGGAGGAGCGAGAGGACGGAGACUGUGAAUGGGUAUGAAGCCAAGGUGUACGCGGCAUCUAACGUGGAGCUGAUCACUAGGACCAGAACCGACCAUCUGUCGGAUCAGAACAAGAACAAGACCAAAGGUGGGAAGACCCCGCUGCAGAACUUCCUGGGCAUCGCUGAGCAACACAUGGGGCCAAACAACGGAUGUUCGUCCUCAUCCUCAUCCCUGCCAUCACUUCCUGUCUUUCGACGGACAGCGAGUGCGCUGGUGACUCAGAUGUCGAGUCCCGCUGUGACCAACCCUGCCGCUCUGACUGCAGAGGAAUACUUCAACCCCAGCUCGUCGCCGACGCAGAGGGACAUCGGUCACCCGUGCCAGCUCACCACCAAGACCCAGAGGUUCAAAGCCAAGCUGUGGCUGUGCGAGUCCCAUCCUCUGUCUCUGGCAGAGCAGGUGGUGCCUAUCAUCGACCUCAUGGCCAUCUCCAACGCCCUGUUCGCCAAGCUGCGCGACUUCAUCACGCUGCGCCUGCCUCCCGGCUUCCCUGUCAAAAUCGAAAUCCCUCUGUACCACAUCCUCAACGCCAGGAUCACCUUCAGCAACCUGAACGGCUGCGAGGACGCGACGGGGGGCCGCGGCGACGGGGGGGUGGAGGCGGACGUGCAGAGGGACCCUCCCAGGACGGACACGCCGUCCCCAGGCAGCGAUUCCUCCAGCGUCUCCAGCUCCAGCUCCAGCUCCACGAUGUCGUGCCGAGCCGGAGAAAUUCCCCAUUGUGUGUUCGAGCCCCCACCUGGAUACACAAUGCUGGGAGGCAAGCAGCGCGACGCCAUGAGGGAGGAGGAGGAGGACCUGCUGCAGUUCGCCAUACAGCAGAGUCUGCUGGAGGCCGGCUCCGAGUACGAUCAGGUGACCAUCUGGGAGGCUCUGACCAACAGCAAGCCCGGGACGCACCCGCAGCCCUGUGACCCCAGUCGCCUGGAGAGGACCCCCCAGCACAAGGCCCGCCCCCCCUCCAGCCUCUCCUCCACCCCGUCCAAGAAGCAGCCCACCACCUGCAGCUAUGACGAGCAGCUGCGCAUCGCCAUGGAGAUCUCGGCCAGGGAGCAGGAGGAGGCGGAGCUGCGGCGGAGGCAGGAGGAGGAGGAGCUACAGCGCAUCAUCCAGCUGUCACUCAUGGAGAAAUGAGAGCGGGACCAGCACGCGGGCUCCGGAGGGGACGGUCUGGACCGAGGGCACAUGGGAGACGAGGGCAGAACAAAGUGCCCUGAAACUUUAAGCACACUUUGUAGGCGGCUGGAAAUAAAAAAAAAAAGGCCCAAAUCACCUUAGAGGCUUAGUAGGAACACACGCUCCUGUCUCUCCCAUCGCCUCUAAGCCAGACCUCUCCCGUGAAGCCAUAGCGGUGCAGCUGCCCGGCCUCAGGCAGCCACAAAGGAGCGCGGAUUUCUCCUGGUGCCACGCGGUACUUUUGUAGAGCAGUGCCAGUUUACAAGCAUCAAUACAACAUCCAGUACAGUACAGUACAUUACGUGUGUGUGUGUGUGUGUGUGUGUGUGUGUGUGUGUGUGUGUGUGUGUGUGUGUGUGUUACCAAACCAGCUCGCUGCACAGGGGUCACAGUUCAUCCUCUGCUUCCUGACGAUCCCAAAAGGCCACAACGCUCCAGCACCGACACACACACACGCACACUUUUGCGUCAGAGUUGUGUGAUUCCCCAUCCUAAAUUAAGGCGCAGUAACACGUAACACGCUGUGCAGAGAAUCCUAAAAACGCUCGGUCAAGUGGAGCUGAAUGUUGACAACCUAUCUGACUCCCUCGGUUUGUAAUAAGAUUGAAGAUAGACGUCUCUUUUGAUUUGCACAAAAUCCAGAUGUACUGUAUUCAGCGUGUGGAUGGUUCACACAGGAGACUGUCGCCGGCCGUAGACGCUGAGUUUGAGUAAGAGGAGCACAGACGCAACCGGCCUGACUUUGUGCACCUACUGUUGCGUACUGGGUUCGUACUAAAGGACAAUGCUUGUGGUUUGUUUGUGGACUUUCUGUAUAUUCGCAUCUUCUCACCUUAAACGAGCGGAUGAUUUCUAUAUUUGUGUAGUCACGGUACAGUGCGUGUACUAUUUAUCAGCAUGUCUGCACCGGUGUGCGCUUCAUUUUGUCCCACUCGAGUCCGACUUGGAGACCUGCAAUAACAGAGGAUGCGUCUGAGGGGAAACGAACCCUGGACCAGUCGCUGUAGAGGCUCUGGACUCAGUUUAGUUUAGUUUUUGUUACCUUUUUUAAAUGUAACAAGUUUGAGCACAACUUGGUGAAACGUAUAUUGGAUAUUGCAGGGUUCAAGGCUAGACAGAAACAGACGAGCUUGUGUAGUUUCAGAUGAGGACACAGUUAUUUCCUUUUAUAUUUUAUGUCUUUGAAUCUGAAAUAAACUUUGACACUCACAAUCAGCACAAACUAAAUACAAAGCAGCUCUCAAUCUUUCUGUAGUUCAUACUCAAGCUUGCCAGGUUGAUAAGAAAAUAUUCUUUCUUUUUUUUUUUUACUUUUUAAAAAAUGUUGCAGAGAUGUUUUCAUGGUGUGUGACGGAAGGCGAGUCAAAAUAAAGGAACAUCUGUUGCCGCAGCAA